AUGAACCUAGAGAUUCAUCUGGUUCCUUUAGGGAUGAAAAUUCAAUGGAGGUUGGCCUUGGCAGGCCUCUUCAUAUUAGCCAAUGCCGUAGCGGAUGAGGUUGAGACGCCGGAACCCGUUGCAGAUGCCUUGCCAGCGGUAGAAGAACAUAAAGACGUCGCAAAAGAAACACCUGCUGAAAAAGGACCUGAACUUCAGGAUGCAGCAGCAAAAGACGGGGUCAAGGAGUUGAUCGAAAGGAAUCCCAGGCAUUCUGCUUCAUACAGAGAAAACCGUGAUCGAGAUUAUGAAGAAAAUCGCCGAGAAGAUAGCGACGAGGGGCAAUGGAGAGAUGAUAGACGUGAAGGAACAAAUGCUUUAUUUGAUGUAUGGCGAAACAUACCCGGGUUGGGUAGAGCAUCCAUAUCGGUAUCCCCACCAAUAAGAAAGAGCUCGGAUUCAAUGGAGGAAGGAGACACAGAACCCCAACGUGGACAUGAACAUGGUCAAAAUGAAUUCCAGGCUGACAGAAAUCGUCUGCAAGAUGAAUUCUCCUCCCGAGAACACCAAUCACAGGAUGGAUAUGGACAUAAUAUGAGACGCAACCAGCCAUGGGAGAAUCGAUCUUCAUACGGAAAAGGUGAACGCGAUGAUGACUAUGGACACAAUGAUCGCCAGAAUGGAUACAAUCACAGACACGACUUCCAAGGCGACGAAUUAUCCUCCCGAGAACGACCAUCACAAUAUGAACAUGGACAGAGUAUGAGACACAAGCAGACUUGGGAGGGUCGAUCUUCCUCUAGAGAGGGUGAACGCGCUGAAAGCCGUGAAUAUAACGAUGACAAAAAUGGAUACAACCACAGACACCACCUGCAAGGCGACGAAACAUCCUCCCGAGAACGACCAUCGCUCGGCGGAUUUGGAUGGGGCACUAUACAAAGGCAGUCUUGGGAGGGUCAAUCUUUCUCUCGCGAGAGUGGACACGAUAAUGGUCACGGACAUGAUGGUGACCACGACGGACCAAAGAACCACGACAAAUAUUCCCGAUACAACGACAAAUCUUCAUCCCGAGAACGCCCAACACACGAUGGAUAUGGACAAAGUGUGAGACACAAGCAGCCUUGGGAGGGUAAAUCUUCCUCUCGAGAGGGUGGACACGAUGCUGGUCUUGAAAAGUAUGAUGGUCACGGACAUGUUGGUGACCAUGACGGACAAAAGAAGCCCGGUAAAUAUUCCCGAUACAACGACGAAUCUUCCUCUCGAGAAAGCCCAUCACAAGUUGGAUUUGGACGGAGUAUGACUCACAGGCGACCUUGGGGAAGUCUGUCUACCUCCAGAGAGGGUGGACGUGAUGAUAGCCGUGAACAUAACAGCGACAAGGAUGGAUACAACCACAGACACCACCUGCAAGGCGACGAAACAUCCUCCAGAGAAAGACCAUCGCUCGGUGGUUUUGGAUGGAGCACUAGACAAAGGCCGCCUUGGGAGGGUCAAUCUUCCUCUCUCGAGAGUGGACACAAUGAUGGCCACGGACAUGAUGAUGACCAUGACGAACAAAAGAAGCCCGGCGACCUUGGGGAAGUCUGUCUACCUCCAGAGUGGGUGGACGCGAUGAUAGCCGUGAACAUAACCAUGGCACGGUUGGAUCUAGUGACAGACACCACCAAGAAGGCGACGAAUUAUCUUCCCGAGAACGCCCAUCGCUCGGUGGAUUUGGAUGGAGCACUAGACAAAGGCAGCCUUGGGAGGGUCGAUCUUCCUCUCGAGAGGGUGGACGUGAUUUUGAUAGCGGACGCAAUGCUAACAGCUGGCGCAAUCACAACAGACAAGAUGACCGCUGGCGAGAUGACAGCAGACAAGAUGACAGCAGGUCAGAUGAUGACCGCUGGCGAGAUGGCGGGAGACAAAGUGACCACUGGCGAGAUGACAGCAGACAAGAUGACAGCAGAAAGGGAAGCAUUCAAGAACCAGGACAAUGUAAACAACAACGGCAAUCACGACAGCAGGGACAAUGAAAGCUUCAGGCGACAUCAGCGGCCGAGUGAUGAAAUUUCCUCCAAAGAACACGUUGCUGAGAGCAGGCCUGUGGACGAUGAUGGAUUGAGGGAAUAUCGACUUAGGGGAUCCAGGAACCGGUUUCUGAAUGAAGGAUCACAUCAUGGAAUUGAAAGCUCUGGCUCCUUGGAGGGAAGCGGCAGAAGAUACUCUGACCACAAGGGUCAUCUUUCCAGGGGACAGCAUCAUCGCAUUCAUUCCCUUGUUUCUCCUGGGUCCCAGACUGUGCAUACUUCAGGAGGCGAAGGAAGAGAUGAUUCAACCUCCAGCCUCGAAAUGAAACUUCACCGCAGAGGCGGAAACGACUUGCGUAGGACACUGGGCAGAACCGUACUAGAAAAUUUUGUGAGGGAGAGCAUUUCACGGGCCGGGGAUAUUUUAGAAUCCCUGAGGAGCGUCGAUCGUCUGCUUUCCGUCAACAAAAAUGAUCAACAGGACAACCUAGAACGAAGGAAGAGAUUGGUAAACUCCACAAUUGAAAUGAUCGACGAGAAUGACAUACCAUGCCUUUCCAAGGGAAUCUGCAGUUUCAUGGCCUCUAGCGAUGAAGAACUGGGGGACCUCGGUGGUUCCUUGUAUCCAUUAAUCAAAACCUUCAUUGGGGAGGCGCCUCCUUCAUCGGCAUUCGCCAAAGCCAAAGUCCUGGGCUUGCAUGCCAGGGAUAUGAGGAUCUGCGAAAUAGCAUUUAAGGGGUGCUUAGCAACUACUUCGGAUCUCCGACAUUCCAUUGCUCACAUUAUCAUUGAAGACCUCCGAAAUUUAACGGUCCCGAGUGUCAGCAACGAACGUUGA